AUGUAUGGUCUCUCUAUCAUAGACUACAACACAAUGUCAUAUCAAAGGAUCUCAUCGACAGCUUCCGUCCCGAAGCUAAACCCGGCGGUCAAUGGGAGCGCAAAAGUCAACUCAUUUGAGUCCAAUUUGCAGCAAAAUCAAUGCCAAACAGAUUACGAUAAUGUGGACGAAAAGGCAAACAUAUAUCACGAAACAAAAGUCGUGAUAAACGACGAGACGACUAAAAAAGAGGUCAAAAACGUUAAUAAAAGCGAUCUGUUUGUUGACGAGGAGUACAAUCAAAACGUGGCCGACAGUCAAACGGCGGCCGAUAAUAGGGACGAGAAUCAGGAAUGCAAUUGUUUUGAGUGCGAAAUUCGGCGAAACUCUAACUUUUCAACCGAACAGUUGCCGCUCGACAUACAAAUGCCGUUAACCCUUAUGUCCGACUCUCUUAUGUUUUGUACCAUUUUAUAGAAACAUUAUAUAAUAUAAAUUAUAACUAAAUUUUGU